GUUUGGUUUAUAGGUGGUAGGUCUUCUGUGGGACUCAGAAUAAAAACAAUAAACGCAGUGUUCGCUCGCGACACAUCCUAGUUCGAGGGCUCCCGUCUAGGCACGACCACGGUUGCGUGCUAAACGGCGUUAAUAAUGCCUUCACAAGGCACUUCGACGCGAGAAUACCCAUGACCUUUAUUUUUUCAAUGGAGGAUAAAGUCUUCGAAGGGAAUAAGGUGCAGGGAUGAUCAUCUUGAAUGAAACGCACCCUGUCUGCAAUCUGUACGCGCAUGCGUAGUGUCGCCGUGGUUAGGCCUCGUUUUCAAAACGCACCGGAAUGUGUCCUUCGAAGGAGUUUAAAUAAAGAGCCGGAUAAUUUGAAUUUAAAGGUACAGGGAUGGAGCUCCCAAACUACAGCCGACAGCUCAUGCAACAGCUGCAUGCGUUACGUAAAGAAAAUCAGUUUUGCGACUGUUCCGUCCUGGUGGGUGUAACCCCUCACCCUGCUCACAAAAUUAUUCUGGCUGCCUCCAGCAUGUUAUUCAAGUCUGCUCUAGAGAGCUCAGACAGCAUCUCCAUUGACACAGAUUUACUGUCCUCUCAAGAGUUCUCAUGUCUUCUCAACAUGGUGUAUACUGCUAAACUGCCUCCCGGAAAACACAACUUCACCCGACUCAUAGCUGCUGCAGACAGCUUGCAGAUGUUUGAUGUGGCUGUUGGUUGCAAGAAUAUUCUCACCGACCUUAUGAAUCAAACUGCUGAGACUGUAGAUGCUGAGACAGAGUCAAUGGACUGUCAAGUUAUAAAACAUGACAGUUUUAUUGGGAGUUCAGUGAACUUAAAGGAAUCAUCUUUAUUGGUACAGCUGAAAAGGGGCGAGAAGAAUUUUCAGGAGGAUCGUGCAAUUGAGUUGAUAUCUCAUAAUCAAGCUGGAAUAAAAAAGAUCCUACAAAGUGUACAGCCAUGUGUUAAGGUUCUUGAGACUUGGGACAAAAUCCCUGUGGAGGAACGACAGGUCAUGUUAGAGAGUUUUAAAGGCAAUCCAUCAGAAGACGAGGUGUACCAGCGGUUGUUGAGUUUUGUCAAAGAUGAGCGAGUUCUGUCAGCUCAAACAGUCCAUACAUUGAUAGACCAGAUAAAACAGCAGCAAAAUGCUGGUCCUGGAUCAGUCAGGAAGCACCAGGGAGAAGAGAGCUACCUCAAGGAAAAAGGUCCUGCUGGUGGUGUUUGGUUGUCUGGUGGACUUUUAGACCAUGUAUCAAAGCUAACUCACCACCUCUCCAGUGUCAACAACCUCUCAGAGCUUUUGACUAAGGCAGUAAAUGACUGUAAAAAUGAAGUUGAAAAAGAGGUUGUGCUGGAUUGCUGUAGUGCUCCAUCUUCUAUGGAGGUGGUAGAGAGGUUGAUAUGUAAACUCAGAGAGACAAGCAUUAGUGAACAAACACUUCUAAUGCUGCUUCAUGUGGUCAAUGGAAGCUCCUCAGAUCUGACUCAACCAUUGGAGAUGCUGAAAGACACAAGAGCAUUUAUAUUUAAAAGAGCAUCUCAGUCAGCAUCAAACCAUACUGCAAAAUCUGAGUUUGAGCAAGAAGGAUCUACGGCAGACUCUGAAGAUGAGGAGGAGGAAAACUCCAAAAGGAGAGGAAGAAAAAAGGCUGUUCCUGUGUUCUAUAACUGCGAGUGGUGUAAAAAGUCUUUCAACUUUAAGUGUCGUCUGAUAAAGCAUAAGAAGGUUUGUGCCCUUAUGCCGGGUAGAGAGCAGCGCUGCUCAGAGUGCUCCAUGGCUUUUCCGACUCUAAAGAGUCUUCACCAGCACUGCACAGAAGCCCACGGAGGCCCACCGCCUAAACAGAGGAAAACAGAACUAGUGCCAUGUGACAUGUGUGACAAGACCUUUAAACACUCUUCAGGCCUGUUGUACCAUAAACGCACUGAACAUUUCGAGGAGAGGCCAUAUGCAUGUGAGGAGUGUGGGGCGAAGUUUGCCGCCACCUCAUCCCUGAAGAACCACAUGCGUCUGCACACAGGAGAGAAACCCUUCCAGUGCAAACACUGUGACAUGAGCUUCUCCGUGGCCGCUGCUCUGUCCUACCACACCAAAAGGAAACAUGCUGAGGGUAAAAUGUACUGUUGUCAGUACUGUUCCGCCUCAUUCGCACAGUCUAUUGAACUGACACGUCACGUCCGCACACACACGGGAGACAAACCGUACGUCUGCAGAGAGUGUGGGAAAGGUUUCAAACAAGCCAACGGAUUGUGUGUCCAUCUUCAGAACUUUCAUAAUAUUACAGAACCUCACGAUUGUCAGAAGUGCCGGGUGAGCUUCUCUUCACUGGACGAACUACGACAGCACAUUCAGGAAGUCCAUCCAAAAGAGCUACACCAGUGUUGUAAGUGUAGCAAGAUCUUCAACAGUGAAGCAAAUCUGGAGAAACACACAAGCAUUCAUGACGGCAACAAACCCUACAGCUGCAAGACCUGCAAUAAGUCCUACCAGACACUCUCUGGCCUGUGGUACCACAAUCGCACUGCCCAUCCCGAGAGCAUCUUUGCCCAGGGAAACAACCCCAUCAAAUCCCUGCUCCAGUGCAACAAGUGUGACAAGACUUUUAGCAACCGAAAUAGUCUGUUAAAACACCAAAUAACCAAUCACACAGAGGUGCAUUUGUGGAAGUGUGUGAAUUGUGGCCGCACUCUGACGAGCGAGCAGGAAUUACAACAGCACACCUGCAGUGGCCAGUUGAGUCAGGGCAGCUCUGUGUUUAGCUGUAUGGUCUGCUCUCUCCACUUCCCCUCAGAGCCGGAGUUCCAACAACACUUCUUGUCCAAACACCUGCAGGUCAUGCAGGAGGAAGUGCAGUCAGAGGCCUCCAGCUCGCAAACGGUGAUUCAGUGUGAGGAUGCGGUCGGUCAAGAGGCAGAGCAAGUGAUUAGCCUCGGCCAAUCCCAGAUUGAGGGGUCACCACAGGUGUUUGUUGCUCUCAGUGAUCAACAAGAAACACCUGCUGGCUCAGGGAUCAUGGCUGUCAGCAUGGAAGAUUUACUGAAUGGGACGGUCACUUUUAUUUGUGAGGAGGGUCAAUGAAAUUAACUGUAUCUAACUGGACUACAACCUACUGUCAGAUGAGCACUCAUACACUACCAAAAUAAAUAUAAUGCUCUUAUUCAGUAUUUUUCCAGCAGAAAUAUAAAAACAUCCUUAAAACAAGAUACAUUUAUUUGAAAAUGAAAUUAACUUUAGAUAUUAAGUAUUUUUUUCAGAGAAAUCUGAGGUUUGUGCUUAAAACAAAAACUAUUUGUUACUGGGGUCAGAAAAGUAAACUUAAUUUAGUAGGGAUUUUAUUUUUCUUAUACUAUUGGAAACAUUUAUCUGGGAUAGUAGGAUAGUUUACACAAAAAUGAAUUCUCUCAUCAUUUACUCUCAUGCCAUCCCAGAUGUGUAUGACUUUAUUUCUUCUGCAGAACAAGAAUUAAGAUUUUUAGAGGAAUAUCCCCACUCUGUAGGUCCACACAAUGCAAGCGAAUUGUGGCCAUAAGUUUGAGGCUCCAAAAAGCACAUAAAGGUAGUAUAAAAGUAAUCCAUAAGACUCCAGAGGUCUUCAGAAGCGAUAUGAUAGGUGUGGGUGAGAAAUAGGUCCCUAUUUAAUUUCUUUUUUACUAUAAAGUCUCCUCCCUGACCAGUAGGUGGCGAUAUGCACAAAAAUGUGAUCAUGUCGCUUCAGAAGUUAUGGAUUAAUUUAUUUUGCAUUUUUAAGCUUUUUGGAGUUUCAAAAUUACUAUGAUUUUUUUUUUUUUUUGUUCAGCUGAAGAAAGCCAUACACAUGACUGGCAUAAGGGUGAGUAAAUGAGAGAAUUUUCAUUUUUGGCUGAACUAUUCUUUUAAUAUCAUGUCAUUUUGCUUCAAGUAAAUAAUUUAAGGAUGUUUAGAUUGUUUUACUGGAAAACAAGACAUAACUACUGAUUGAGAACAUUUUAAAGUGCAGGCCCCUGUUUCUACACCAGAAUACAUGUAACUAAUGGGUUUAAACCAAGUGAUUUCAACAUCAGGCUGCAACACAUAGAAUUACUGGAUUGUUACUGUUUUACAAUGGCAUUAAUUAGUAGAAACAUUUUGUAUAUCAGUUUUAAUUUACACAGGCUUCAAUGUCAGUCAUUUGAUUGUUUUGCUCUCGCUAAUAAGAGCUAAGAGUAAGCAGGCAAAAUCCAUCAUGUAAAAAAAAAAUCACAAUUUCAGUGUCUUUGCCAUUAGUGAGAUCUGAAUAUUUUUUUACCUCUGACUAAGUAUGUUCAUACAGGUCUGUCUGUAUUUAUUGAAGGUUUUCUGAAAAGGACAAACACAUUUUAGAUGAGCAAAUAGCCAUUUAAAUUAGUUAUCAAAGCACAUAUCUACCUCUGCCCUUGAGUGUUAUGUACGAUUUUGGUGUUUCUGGUAUGCAAUGAUAAGACUUUGGAAUGUUUCACAAUGCUUUACUAUUGCGGCUCUAAAAAUAAUAAUCUUACAUAAAAUAUUUUAUGACGAACCUGACUGUCUCUACACC